CAAAGAGUAUAAUAUUUCUUUUUUUGUUCCAAAAAAAGACCUUUGUGAGCUGUGCCAUGCAUAUGAGACAGCUGAAGGUGAGAGAAAGACCAGUUUGCAAGAGGAAUAUGAAAAGCAUAUUAUGGAAAAAGAUCUAUCUCGAUUGAAAAAAAAUUCUGACAAAGACUCAGUGAGUGUCAACACCAUUGUUGCCUGUUAUGACCUUCAAGCUGUAUUACAGUGUCCAAAGGGGGAAGUGUCCCUAAUGUAUUAUAAAUCUAAAUUAAAUAUGCUAAACCUGACUGUCUGUGAGCUGAAAAAUGAUGCCGUAUUCUGCUAUACUUGGCAUGAAGGCGAAGGAGCCAGAGGCUCGUGCGAAAUUGGAACAUGCAUUUACAAAUACCUCAGUGAAAAAGUUAAAAAUUGCGAAAACGAUAUUGAAAUUAUAUUUUACUCUGAUAAUUGCAGCGGCCAACAGAAAAACAAGUAUUUGUUUUCUAUGUACUUAUAUGCAGUGGACAAACUGCCAAUUAAGUCUAUAACUCACAAUUUCCUAAUAAAAGGGCAUAGUCAAAACGAGGGGGACAAUGUACAUGCAAUGAUUGAGAAGCAGAUUAAGAAAUGUCUGAAGUCUGGACCAAUUUACCACCCGGCUCAAUACAUUUCAUUGAUCAAAACUGCAAAAAAAACUGGGAAUCCGUAUAAAGUCAAUGAACUAAGUCAUGAAGAUUUCUUGGAUUUUAAAGACCUAUGGGCAAACAUUGGAUGUAACUCUACAGUUAAUGUGUCAGGAUGUACUGUUGCAAUGAAUGACAUCAAAAUAAUUAAAGUUGAGAAAGAUUCUCCCUUUAAAAUCAAGUACAAGACAACUUAUGAUGACACAGUUGACUUUCAAGAAAUUUUCAUCCAGCAGAUUGAUAUUGAAGAAAACGAGGAUUUAUUCGGAGACAACAAGAAGAGUCACACUAAGAAGAAAACCAGAAGUUCAAAGAAGAAACAACAGGUUUUUCCUGUGCAUUGUUCAGAUGUUGCUUUAAAAAAAUUAUACGAGCAAAGACUGGGAAUUUCAGUUAACAAGAAAAAAGACUUACAAUACUUACUUGAAAAACAUGUUAUUCCAAGUUGCUAUGCACCAUUUUAUAACUCACUUUAAAUUUUUGCAGUAACGUUUGUGUUUAACAACAAUGUUAUGUUUGUGUUAAUGAUUUUUAUUUCCAUUAGAAAAUACUUCUUUAAAUAUUAAAAAGUGCUGCAUUAGUUACUUUAUAUAAGACCAAACUAUUGGUAGUAACUAGUGGUAGUAAAUGAAUGUAUUUUGUUAUUAAUAUUUGAAAACACUAUUUUUCUAAACAUCUAAAAUAGGUCCAAUGAUGUUUGGAGGUUUAGUUCUAAGUAACUAACUGAUUUUUUUGUUUCAAUUAAAGUUAACUGUCAUUAAAAACCCGUUGACUUAUUUUUGUGUCAUUACCAUCUUCAAAGUUAACCUUUUAAUGAAAAGCGGUUUUACAGGAAAAUUGACACAACUCAAAUUAAAUUAAUAAAUAAUUAAAAAAAUAAUAAACACAAACUUCAUGGUUUAUAUUAAGCUAAUUUAAAUGCCCUAUAUUUAACUGAUAUAAAUAAUAAAAUGACUUUUGGAUUAAAGGUUGCAGUUCUGUUAAACGAAAAACUAAUUACAAAAAGCACAAUUUUCAAAUCGCUCUCCUGUAAAAUUUACUUUUUUUGAGUUGUGUCACUUUUCUUCUGAAU